CUUCUCUUUUGCCCCGCACUCCCUCACGGAGAUGUUGCCGCCCGUCCCCAAGCUGUCAGACUAUGGGAUUGAUCCCGAGUACGGCUUUCUCCCCUCCGAACCACCUCUGGCACGGCUGUCUGACUACUACUCGCCAUGGGAGCACGUUAUCGAGAACCUGCAGUCGCUGGUGCUGAGCGGCAGACUAUGGGACACCGUCAGACGCAUGCCCACUCUCUCCACCGAUCAUCUCCACACCGCUCCCGAAUGGCGACGCGCCUAUGUUGUCCUCGUCUUCAUGCUGCAUGCGUACAUCUGGUCAGGAGAUAAACCUCAAGAGAGAAUCCCGCCGCCACUUACGAUCCCUCUGUUGGAGGUCUCGGAGCAUCUGGAGCUGCCGCCCGUCGCCACAUAUGCCGGCGUUUGUCUGUGGAACUAUCGUCCCAUCUUCCCCGAUGAGCCGUCCCACGAUCUCGAGAACCUUUCGACGCUAUGUACCCUGACGGGCUCGAUGGACGAGCAAUGGUUCUAUCUGAUUUCGGUCGCCAUCGAGAGUCGCGGUGCAUGCACUCUGCCACUCAUGCUUGACGCCAUCUCAGCGGUCCGCGCAGGAGACACCAAGCAGGUGGUGGAGUCCCUUAACAGGUUCGCUGAGGUGGUCGACGAGAUCAACGUCUUGCUGCAGCGCAUGUACAGGCACUGCGACCCACACGUAUUCUACCAUCGCAUCCGGCCUUUACUCGCAGGAAGUAUGAACAUGGAGGAGGCAGGCCUCCCCAGAGGCGUACUCAUGGACGAAGGCGCCGGCAACCAGCAGUGGAAGAAGUAUCGCGGCGGCAGCAACGCGCAGAGCUCCCUGAUUCAAUUCUUCGAUAUCGUUCUCGGCGUCGAGCACCGUCCCACCGGCGAGCCGCGGAGCGCACCGUCUUCCGGGGAGGACGGAACCGCCCGCCGUCGAUGGCACGGCUUCAUGAUGGAGAUGCGCGACUACAUGCCCGGCCCGCACAAGCGGUUCCUCGAACACACCGCCAGCGUGGCGAACAUCCGCGAAUACGUCGAGGAGAACCAGACCAACCAGGAACUGACGAUGGCCUUCAACGCCGCCGUCGCCAUGGUCAAGGCCCUCCGCACCACCCACAUCACCAUGGUCUCACGCUACAUCAUCGUCAAGUCGCGCGAACGCAACACUGGGACCCGUCCUCUCGCGGCCGGCGCUCCGGCGCUCAACCUCGCCACGGCGUCCACCGAGGGACGCGGCUCGGGAAGCAAGAAACUCCGCGGCACCGGAGGAACCGCGCUGAUCCCGUUCCUCAAGCAGGCCCGUGACGAAACCGGCGAAGCGGCCAUCGGCGCCUGGGGCAAACAGGUCCUCGACUCGAAGAGGCCCGAAGUGGCCAAGGUCAUCGAGCUGCCCAAGGUGGGCGAGACGAUCGAGGGCAGAGUGGAGAUCCUGGGCCUGGCGGGGACGUGGUCGAUGGAGGAGAGCGAGGGAGGGUUGUGCCACUGGUGAAAUGGGCGACAACCCCCCCGGGAUUUCCUUUACCUCUAUCAACCCGUGAGAUACGUGAUGCGUGUAAUUUCUCCCCCUUUUUUUUUUCCUUGCUUUCUUUUCUGUCGUUUAUAUAGCGCCGCUGGUGAACCAUGAUAUCCCACCCGGCAGCACUCUUUCGUGUGCUCGACAAUAAGACCCAAAAACAAGAAAAGAAAAAGAAAAAAAAUAAAAGAAUAAAAAAAUAAUUAAUCGGGAAUAUGCUUAUUCUUUCCCCUGUGCUGUGAUACGGAGAGGGUUAAUUUCGCGGCCUGCUCCGUCUUCACUCGAUUCUUCUGUUUUCAGGGUUCGGCGUUCUAAGGAUCAUUGAAUCGCGCGCGCACGUCUUGUUUCUGCGUGAUUUUCUGGAGCCUGUUUUAGAUACUCUGCUUAAUUAGUUAUUUUGUGUGCUAGUCUUGCUGAUGUUGCCUACAUGCGUCGCCUGGCCUUUUCUCUUUCUCUUUUGCCUUUUUUCCUUUUUUUUGGUUUGCGCAGAGAGAGAGAGAGAGAGAGAGAGUGCGUGCUUGAGAUCCAGCCGGUUCAUCACACCAUCAACAUGAAGACAUAGUGCUUCAGCAUGGUUGACCUCCGCUUACCUGGAUUUGAGAUAUCCUAGCAUAACUAUAUACAUCGCUACACCCUAGUUACUACAGCUUACACUUGAAGAAGGGGGUGAGGGUUUAGAGUCACUUGUUCUAGGAAGAGUAUAUGCCUGCGUUGCUC